CAUGUCUACUUGAAAUAACCGUAAACAAAUCUUCUUCCUACUGUAUCUGUAUUACAGUAAUAAUUUUUCAUAAUUCCAGCAACCUAUCUUCCAACUUUAAUGGAGAUCCAGCUCUCCUUUUCCUUUGCCACUUUCUUGUUCUUCCUAUUCCUUUUAGUUAAACAGUACUACAAUAAAUCAAGAACCGUUCAGAAACUGCCUCCAGGGCCAUGGAAACUGCCUUUCAUUGGGAAUUUGCACCAACUGAUUGGUUCACUACCCCAUCGAUCUCUCAAAAAGUUAUCAGAAAAAUAUGGGCCCAUUAUGCACCUUCAGGUUGGGGAACUUCAGACAAUUGUAGUGUCAUCUGCUCGAAUUGCAGAAGAAACGCUGAAAACAAAUGGCGUUAUUUUCGCGGACAGGCCCCAGCUUCUUCUGACUAAGAUUAUGUUUUACAAUUUCUCAGAUUUGGGUUCUUCUCCAUACGGAGAACACUGGAGGCAGAUGCGUAAACUCUGUGUUAUGGAGCUCUUGAGCACGAAAAAAGUUCAAUCAUUUCGAAAUAUUAUGGAGGAAGAGUUUUCUAGUCUAGUUAGUCGUAUUCAAUCCUCUCAAGGAGUGCCGAUUAAUUUGACGGAAUAUGUUGCAGAAGCUCAAAUUGCGAUAAUAUGCCGCGCUGCAGUUGGAAGAAGAUGCAGUGAUCAAAAAGCAUUAGUUACUUUGGCAAAAGACACUGCAUCAUUCGCCGGAAUUUUCAACGUUGGAGAUAUAUUUCCUUCCCUACAGUUUUUGGAUACCCUUUUUGGAUCAAAGCGAAAAUUAGUUAAUAUGCACAAAAAAGUUGACAUCAUUCUCGAAAACAUUAUUCGUGAGCACGAAGAGGACCGGCUAAGUACAAAAGGAGGCCAGACCGGCGAUCAGUCAUCGGAGGAAGAUCUACUUGAUGUUUUCUUACGAUUAAAGGACAGCGGAGAAUUCCAGGUUCCGAUCACUAGGGAGAACAUCAAAGCUAAUAUACUUGAACUGUUUUCUGCUGGUACGGAAACUUCAUCCACGGCAGUUGAAUGGGCGAUGGCAGCAAUGAUGAAGCACCCGAGAGUUAUGGAGAAGGCACAGGCAGAAGUGAGGAAAGCUUUUAAGGGAAUGGAAAAAAUCUCUGAUUGUGAUGUUCAAAGUUUGAGUUACCUAAAAAUGGUCAUUAAAGAAACGUUGAGAUUAUACCCUCCUGGUCCUUUGUUAGGCCCCAGAAUAAGCAGGGAAAAAUGCACGAUUGGUGGAUAUGAUAUCCCGGCUAAUACAAUAGCUGUAAUAAAUGGUUGGGCAAUAGGAAGAGAUACAGAAGUCUGGGAUAAUCCUGAUGUUUUCGAACCGGAGAGAUUUAGCAAUAUUUCGACUAGUUAUACUGGAGCUCACUUUGAGUUAAUACCAUUUGGCGCAGGCAGGAGGAAUUGUCCUGGAAUUACAUUUGCUAUUGCUGAUCUUGAGCUUUCUCUAGCUUAUCUCCUCUACCGCUUCGACUGGAAACUUCCUGGUGAGAUUAGCCCUGAGGAACUCGACAUGACCGUGAAAUUUGGUGCCACAGCUGGAAGAAAACACAAUUUGUGGUUGAUUCCCACGUCUCAUGUUAUAGAUUGAGCUAAAUUUAUAUGUCCAGAAGUUAAUUUUCCGCAAAUUACAUUAUGAAGUACAUUUUAAUGCUUUUAAGUGACCUUAAUUAGUCUUCAUGUGUGAAGAAGUGACACUUAUGUGUGUGUUCUUACGAAUAUUGUCUCAAGGAAUAACUAGUUCAAAACUUCAA